CUUCAUCCUUCCGACGAUGGCCCGGCCGCAAGCAGGCAGCAGCAGCAUGGCGCUGCCGGCGCCGCUGACCUUUGACGAGUACAACAUGCUCGACGACAUCUUCCUUCCGCCCGGUGUCGCGUCCUCGAGUAGCUCCGAGACUGAGACCGCGCCAAAGAAGAAGCAACCGUCCAAGCAAGUCCUCGCCGUCCAGCGUCACCGGCAAAAACAGCGCAACGAGCUCAACUACCUCAAGUCCAAGGUCGAAGAGCUCCAACUGAAUCUGCAGAGCAUGACGCAGGCGAAAGCGCUUCAGGACAUUUUGCAUCCGCCGUCCAAGUGGGAAAAGCUCGCCAAGAACGAGCGCCGGCGCGAACAAGAGGCGCUGCUCGAGAACACGCGGCUCAAAGAAGCCCUCGAAGAGCAGGUCCAGUUCGCCGAGUGCCUUGUCAACAUUGUGCAGAAGAAGCCGCGCCUCGCCAUCAACCACGCCGACGCAACCGACCAGUGGAAGCUCCUCAAGCUCGUGGCCGACCCCGUCACGCGUGACGCAGCCUACCACGCGAUCGUCGACCGCGAGUACGCCAAGCUUAACAGCGCGUUCAUCGAAGCAGGCUUGAUGGAGACGUCAUGGGAGGGUCGGCGCCACGUGCCGAUCGUGCACGACGGCUGCCUCGAGGUGCAGACGAUCAUCCGGUGCAAGUUUCCCGUCCUCUUCAACGUCGUCGCCGACGCCGUGUGGGAGGUUGCGCGCGGCGCUGCCGAGGUCAUGGCCCUCCAAGGCGUGUACAAGAUGAUGCUCGAGCUUGACGCGUCCAUGACAUACGUGACGGGGAAGCGGGAGUCGCCGGUCGGCAACAUCCAGCGGCGCGUCAUCGCCAAGCGGUACUUCGAAACCAACCCGACGCGGUGUGUGAUUGUCCACCGGUCGAUUUACGACGACGAGUUGUACCCGCUCUUGCCCGACUAUGCGAUCGCGAACGAGAUUGCGUGGAUGUCGGUCGAGAUGGACGCGCAGGGGCUCACGGAGCUCAAGUACUUUCAGAAGGCCAAGCCGUCGCUUGUUGUGACCAAGAGCCAAGACGAAGAGUCCAAGCUCGCGUGCCAGUACCUCAUGGAGCUCUACGCCAAGGGCAUGUUCAAAUUCGAAGAAGAGAUCCACGCCCAAGUGCAGAAACUGAGUCUCGGCACGUACACCGAGUUGUAAGGCGCCGCUUUUGCGUCACAACGCCCUACUACCGCCUAUCUAAUACAUGUCGUCGUCCAUCCUA